CUGCUGGAACAACCCAUUUUGUCGGCUUCGAUAUCAACCCAAACGCAUGUCGAAUGACACUAAAAACCUGCCAACUAAACGGUUCAACGGUGGAUGUGAUUCGUUGGAAGAACACAUUGACGAGUUUCAUUUAUCGGGCGAAGAUCAAACACUGGUACACGCAUGGGCUGGAGGAGUCGAUGGUAGAAUUGUUACAGAUCGUGUGUUAGCUGACCUACAUCGGAUUCUUUCACCAGAUGGAAUGUUUUACUUGCUUUUGCUCAAGGAGAAUAAACCCGUUGAAGUGUUGAAGCAACUGGAGCGUUCUAACUUCCGGGGGAGCAUAAUCAAAGAGCGACGGAUCCGUGGAGAACAUCUUUACGUGUUGCGAAUAGAGCGGUAAAAAAGAAGGUGACUUUUAUUCCUCGGUCCGCUAAUAACUUAACUAUCAAAAUCAUCAACAGCUUUAGCUCCUGUUAACCGUAGAGUUGUCAACCAAAUUUAAACACGUAACUUGGCAACCGGCAUACCCGAAUAUUUCAUACGUUUUGACGUAUACAAUUAACGGUUUUCGUAGCUAAACAAGGCUUUCUAUCUAUUUAUAU